AUGCCAGCAGACCAGCACCAACAUCCCUCCGCAUCCUCCGCUCCUCCGCCCAUACCCGCCAAACCUCGCUCCGCGAUUCCUUCACACCUCCGCAACGGCGGAUCCCCCCUCCACAAGCCGUCUACCAACACCAGAGCGGAAGAGCGCGAGAAGCUGGCUUCCUCCAUCCACUCCUCCUACCGGCGGCGCAGCGUCUUCGAGUUCGACCGGCCAUCCUACCUCCCAGACAUGCCAAGCAGUGCUUCGGCGCCUUACAACCAUGAAGACGAUGUACUACUAGACCCUAUAAAUGACGAGAACCACGACCCAGCUACAUCACUGGCGCCUAACGCCACUAAUAAGAGCACGACCUUGCCCACCGAGCCUCCACGAGACACCCGCGACAACACUAUCAACAGCAACAACCACCACCCACCAACACCGCCAUCCUCGAUAUCCUUCCCAGUGACGACCCGUCCCGCCUCUCCCUACUCACUGAACCCUCCCAUAGACUUCGAUGGCCUAUCCUGGCCCUCGACCGGCACGCGCGCCCGUCUGGAGGAGACGCCGGACGAAGCGGCCGCACGCCUCGCCAAACUAUCCAACGCCGUCCGCACGAUAUUCGAAUGCAUAGGCGAAGACCCCGAUCGUGAAGGUCUACAACGAACACCAGAGCGCUACGCCAAAGCCCUCAUGUACUUCACUAAAGGCUACGAAGAAAACGUCCGCGACCUCGUCAACAACGCCGUCUUCCACGAAGACCACGACGAGCUCGUCAUCGUCAAGGACAUCGACGUCUUCAGCCUAUGCGAGCACCACAUGGUCCCCUUCAUCGGCAAGAUGCACAUCGGCUAUAUCCCCAACCGGCGCGUUCUCGGCCUCUCGAAACUCGCUCGCUUAGCAGAGAUGUUCUCUCGGAGAUUGCAGGUCCAAGAGAGGCUGACGAAGCAGGUCGCGUUGGCGAUCGCGGAGGUGUUGAAGCCCCAAGGGGUCGGGGUGGUGAUGGAGAGCAGUCAUUUGUGUAUGGUGAUGAGAGGGGUGCAGAAGGUGGGGAGUUCCACGACGACGAGUUGCAUGUUGGGGGCGAUGAGGAGUAGUGCGAAGACUAGGGAGGAGUUUUUGAGUUUAUUGAAUCGGAAAUGA